AUGGUCAAAGCCAGCGAGGUUGUGUUUUACCUCUUCCACCCCCAGCAAUUGCGCUCCAUCAUUCAAUGGAAAGUCUGGCAUAACCCAGUCCAUGAACGAGAUGAGUCCAAGGAAACUGAAUCCACCAAACAAUGCUUCAAAUACUUGAAAAUGACCAGUCGUUCCUUCAGCGCCGUGAUUCAAGAGUUGCAUCCAGAGCUCUUGCUCCCUGUCACUCUGUUCUACCUGGUCCUGCGUGGCCUGGAUACUAUCGAAGACGACACGUCGAUCCCCGUCCAGAAGAAGGAGCUGGUGUUACGCAACUUCGACGAAGUUCUUGACAUUGAUGGAUGGACAUACACUGAAAACCGGCCUGAAGAGAAGGACCGCGAACUGAUGCUCAAUUAUGGAUGCGUGGUCGAAGAGUUCAAAAAAAUCAAACCUGCCUACCAAGUUAUCAUCAAGGACAUCGCGAAGAGAAUGGGGAACGGAAUGGCCGAUUACUGCGUGAAAUCUGAGAACAACGAUUUUGCCGUAGUCACUUGCGCUGAGUAUGACCAAUAUUGCUACUACGUGGCGGGAUUGGUUGGUGAGGGAUUGACCAGAAUGUUUGUGGAAAGCAAAUUCGGAAACCCGGUUCUGCUAGACAGGCCCAACCUCCACAACUCGAUGGGGAUUUUCCUGCAAAAGACCAACAUCAUCCGAGACGUGCGGGAAGAUUUUGAUGACCGCAGAAUAUUCUGGCCCAAGGAGAUCUGGUCGAGACACGUCGACGAGUUCGAGGAUCUCUUCAAGCCCGAAUACCAGGAACAGGCAUUGAAUUGUAGUGCAGAAAUGGUGUUGAAUGCGCUCAACCAUGCUGACGAAUGUAUUUUCUACAUGGCUGGGCUUAGGGAGCAGAGUGUGUUCAAUUUUUGCGCGAUUCCGCAGACCAUGGCCAUCGCGACGCUGGAUCUCUGCUUCAGGAAUUACUCCAUGUUCCAGCGCAAUAUCAAAAUCACAAAGGGCGAGGCUUGUCAGAUCAUGAUCGAAUCGACUCAAAACCUUCAGGCGGCUUGUGAUGUGUUCCGGCGACAUAUUCAUUCCAUCCGGAAGAAGAAUCGGCCGCAAGACCCGAACUUUUUGAAGAUCAGCAUUGCAUGCGGCAAGGUGGAACAGUUCAUCGAAUCCAUAUUCCCGUCACAGAAGGUGGAGGACGUUCUGGCCAGGAACAAGGCCGACGAGGCGCGGGCGGAGCUUGCAAAGCGGGAAAAGGAAGCAGGUUCGGCGGGAGCAAAGGACACGCUUGCGUUGUUGGGAGCCGUGGUCCUGAUGUUGCUCUUCAUCGCGUCUAUUAUGGUUGGAGUUGCCUGGCUGAUGGGUGCGCGAUUCGACGUGGCCUUUGAAGAACUGAAGAAGUCCUGGGGCCAAAUUUUGACCGGGGACGUCUUCAAAGGACCGAGUCAAAAUGGCACCUCGACAGGCACGGAUGGUCAUAGCGAACUAUGA